AUGGCUCUGAAGCUCCCACUCUUGAGCAAGUCCAUCGACACCACGCAGUUGGUGCCCACUGAGAUAGGUGCCGACUGGGCGACGAGGUUCAACACUGCGAUUCAUGCGCCAUCCAACCGUUCAAACAGCUUAGGCGAGAUCUUAGUGGACGAUGUCGCCCCAUGGUGGACGGACCAUCUAUCCUUGACCUGGGAUAUCCGAACUUUUGACUCAAUCAAUAAGAUCUGCGAUCUCCUGGACUAUGCCCUCGCAGAAGGACGUUUAUCCGACCUUAGGCUGCAAAACGCUACUGUGCAUCCUACUGCCUCAGAUAACCUUGUAUAUAUCCAGGGAACGUACGAUUUUGAAACGGACACAACUCUCAGCAUUGCCAUAGUCAAACUUGUUCUCGACGAGCGAACAGACACUUGGAAGGCUUGGACGGUCUUCACGAAGCUUGAUGAUCUGAAAGGACAUGAAGAGAAUCGUUCGAGGCUUCGUGUCGACGGCUAUACCACUGGGGAUCACGUUGACGUUCUAGUGCUUGGCGCUGGACAAAGCGGACUUCAAGUGGGAGCCGCUCUUCGAACUCUCGGGUUGUCUUGUCUCCUUAUCGAACAGCAUGCUCGGAUCGGAGACCAAUGGCGUCAACAUUAUGACUGCCUCAAGCUGCAUCUUCCCAAGUGGUAUGCCCAGUUCGCGUACCAUCACUGGCCCGCCAAAACCCCGCUCCUGCCCACAAGAAACGACGUUGCCGACUUUCUCGAAGAAUACGCAAAGACGACACACCUCAAUGUGAUGACCUCAACCACUGUGCAAUCGGCGAAGUAUAAUCUUGACGGACACUGGGAUGUGGUGCUCAAUUUCUCAGACUCGUCAAAAGUGUUACGGUUCACGCAUAUCGUGCUUGCAACGGGGAUCAAUGGAUUGCGCCCCGUUAUGCCUAUUGUACCUGGACUAGCGUUAUUCCGCGGGGUUGCGAUGCAUUCAAGUGAAUACAAGAAUGGGCAAGGCUGGGACGGCAAGAAGGCUAUCGUGGUGGGUUGUGGGAAUUCUGGUCACGAUAUCGCACGCGACCUCUACAAUCAUGGAGCGUCGGUGAGCAUGAUCCAGCGUAAUCCGACGAUGGUAACACAUCAAGCAUUGACCAAUGCCAAACUUGGAAGGCUGUACAACGAGAGUAUACCCGUUGAGAGGGCGGACGAUCUGAUGGAGUCCACCGCACCUCCGGUCGCAACGUUGCUCGCAAGCAUACCUCCGAAAGUGCUCAACAAGGAGGUCACCAGCGCGGUGAACGAAGGCCUGAUCAGAGCCGGGUUCAGACUUGAGCCACCCGAUAGAAGCACGUUCGUAUUUGAGCGAUCAGGAGGCCAUUAUCUGAACUCAGGAACAUCUAAGCUGAUUGUCGACGGCAAGAUCCGUGUCAAAUCAGGCAUCCCAGUCAAGUGCUUCACCCUAAAUGGGCUCAUAUUCGAAGACAGCACCAACCUGCCAGCUGAUCUCGUCGUGUUCGCAACCGGGUACGACCUGCACAGUAUGCGCGACACGGCGAUGGCGUUGCUUGGCGCGGAAGAAGGGAAGAGCCUGAAGCAGGCAUGGGGGAUGGACGACGAAGGCAACGUACGCGGAACGUAUCGUGAUAGCGGUCAUCCGAACUUGUGGUAUUUUGGAGGUGAUUUUCAGGGAGCGCGGUAUUGUGAGUCCAGAGUCGGAGUCGCUGCGGUUUAUGAGGGGAUGCUUGACGUUUUGCCAGUCUCGAAACUCCUGGCGCUACAAGUCCUCGCUUCGAAACUGUGUAUGCUGAACAGGUACCAAGGCGGGAAAUAA